AUUUCGUACAGCCUGACUUCGAAGAAGGAAAGAGAGAGAAACAAUGUAGAAAGUGCUGCCUGUCGAAACGAAACGAGACACUCUAUUCUCUUACGCACAACAGUUUGCGGUGGCCAUUAGUGACUAUGGACUAGCGAUCGCUUGUUGUUCUCGGUCCUGUGGGCAGCUUAUUAUUUUUUUUAUUUUUAGUUUUUAACCGAAUAUCUCGCCGCCUAAUUCUCAGAGAUUUUCCGAUGCACCGAUCUGAUCCACGACGCGGUAUGAUCGCGUUCGAUUUUCCACGCGUGCUGCUGGUUACGCUGUUCACCGUAGCUCUAACCUCAUCUGUCAACGCGCGACGGUUCUCAUCAGUAGAUGAUUGGGUCUUGUAUGACAAAUCUGUAGCUUCGAAAAAUUCGGCAAACAAUUCCGAGUUCGAGCAAGAAUAUCAAAUAGGUAAAACUGCUCAAUCCCCGAAAAAUUCCGAGCACCAUACGGAACCAGUUCAGAAUGCCACCAAACAGGAUUUUUCUGCCGAAUCGAAUACGUCGGCGAUCGUACAUUCUUCCGAAGCUACUAAUAACAAAACAAAAAUGGAGUGGGCGGAGGGAGGGCUUGUGCCUGUAUCAUUUUCAACCAUUCAACACAAAAAUACGGUGACUAACAGUACAGCUGCAAUUGAAUCUGACAAACCUAACGAAUCUAGAACAAGAGAGAAUGUGCCUAAGGAGAGAAAUGCGAAUCCUUCCGUAGUUCCGAAAAAGGGAGCUGAGAGGAAAAAGAAAAUUCAUUCGAGAAAGGGUGUAAAUGAAACUGUAGAUUCAGAUAUCAACCAUGCCACUUCCGAAUACGCAAAAUCCGUGGAAACUAGCUCCGUGACAGAAGCUGCUCAUAUCAAUAAUCAAACUGAAACUUCCAACAUUACUAUUUCAAAACUAGAUGCCAGCAGUUCACGCUCCAAUAACAGUUUAGAUCAUAAUGUAAAUCUCAAUAACUCUAGUACAACUCUGGCAUCGACAAACACAACCAUACUUCAUGCAAAGACGAACGUAGUUCAUAAUGCAACAACGAUAGCGCCAAAAACUUCGUCGCAUAUACCGAAACCUAAACCAACAGUGACGACUGUUGACGGGCCGGAAGUUAACGAGUCUAUACCAUCCUCGCGGACAAAGAAUUCUUCGCUGGGGAUGCCCAGGAAAAUCGACUAUAUCGCGCCAGUUAUUAUAACAAUUAUCGCUCUACCGAUACUGGGUGCUGCCAUUUUUAUGUUGUACAGACGCGGUCGAGAUUGCUGGGAUAAAAGGCACUAUCGAAGAAUGGAUUUUCUAAUUGACGGAAUGUACAAUGACUGAGGAAGUGCGUGUGAGAACAAAAUCCGUUUCAUGAGAUUAAAUGGACGUGUAGUCAUGCAAGAGGAAAUCAAUCGUCAAUUUUUCACAAAUACAAAUUUAUACUUGAGCGUCCUUUUAAAAUAACUGAAGAAUAGCAUUGGUUUUUUCUUACAUGACACUGUCCAAACGAUAACUUUAUCAUCGGAAUAUAUCGAAUGGCUUAACUUUAUCAUGCCAUUAUAAAAAUAUAGAAUAUGUGCAAUUAUUUAUAUAAUAUUGAAAUAACGUAUAAGCUUGCUUUGCUUGAUGGCCUAAGCCUGCUAUACAAUUUUUUAUCAUUUUAUUGUUUUGCUAAUAAUGUAGUUAAAAUUUUCUACACUUUAUAUACUACAUUAAUUUGUUAUACAAUAAUUGACGUAUUGAAGUUUAUUUUUAAGAUUAUAUCGAAAGAGAGGAACAUUAUCUCAAUUUUCAGAUUGAAAUAACGAUUUGAUAAAGAUAAUUUAUAGCAACUUUCAAAUUUAAUCUAAUUUUUGGAAAUACUUUAUAAAUUUAUACUACGGAAAAUUUUUUUUGAAAUUUUUACUGUUACAAUAGAAACUCUACAGUAGAAAAAAUUGAUAUGUAAAUAUAUCUAACUAUACAUAUACAUAUAUAUAGUGUACAUAUCGCAUUUAAUGCCAUUUAGAAAUCGUAAGAGAUUCAUCGAGGGUCCAAUUGCCAAAUUCGACAAUAAUACUAAGCAGUUUAAGUUCUGCAGACUUAGAAUUAUAUUCUCAAUUCAACAAAAAAAUCGUAUUGGACUUUGAAAGUGCUUGCUCAGCGAGUAAUGCGUGAUUGUUUCCAUACAAGAGACGAGUUUGUAAAAUAUUAUUUAAUUACGAAAUGCGAUAAUGUACACAAAUUUUACCAAAGAACUACUCAUUUUGUGUAAUAUGUCGUAUAUUUGUUAAUUGUAUUUUUUUUUCGUAUUGUAUUUAUAAUCGUUGCAUUUUUUUUUUUGUGGAAUGAUUUAUGAAUUUAUUAUCUAUUUAAAAUAAUGAAGACACUUUAUCUACAAUUGCCAUACACGGAAUAUCAAAGCCAUCGCAGAAUAUCAGGCAGCUUUAACAUUGUCUCUCUAUGUAAAUAUAACGAGCAAUGAUUUGUAAAAUUACUCUAAGUAAGACUUUUUGAAAUUGUGAUUUUUGAAAGUGAAGUUGCGUUUUUGGGACUUCAAAAAGUCUAUAUUUUGUGGAUGCGCGAGAAAGCAAUAAUGACAAUUAUUUUUGUACUAUAUACAUAUAUGUAAGAGAAAGAAACUAUUCAUAUUGUUACAAAAUAUACGCACUUGCAAAUCGCAUAUUGCUACUGUUAUUUCACAACCCUUCGGUGUACAUCAUAAAAGCUUAAAAAAAAAAAAA